GGCCGCCGAGGCAGCUGGAGCUGCGUUAUCCGCUGCGGUGGCAGUAGCAGUAGCGUCCGGACCGCCGGCGUGUCGCUAGCGAGUACCUGCUCCGCUCCGCUCCUCACAGCCACCGCCACACCUGCCGCCCCUCCGUCACGUCGGGCCUAGUGCGGCUGAAAGCUGCGAUAGAGAUCAAGGCGACGUAGAGGCCACCAAGGCAUCGGCGAGGGCCGGUGCAGAUCCGGCGCACCCUUGCGAAGGACUCCCGCCAGAUACCUCCUCGCCCCCAGAUUUUGACUCCGGGGAGUUCGAAGGUCACGGACGAAGGUGGUGGUGGCGGCGGCCGCCCGUUUGUGUGCACAAAGCUCUGGGUAGGGGCCAAGCUGCUAUAAGCGUUCAGGCGGUCGCGAUCGCAAUGCUUUGCGAACCUGUAGCGUGUGCGGACGGCGGCGCGCCCGCCGCAUCUCUAGUAGCGACCAGUGCGAGAUACGCGCCGCCUUCGCGCCAUGGAGUGUCUUAACCUGAAUCUGCUGCUCCCCCCGGGCAUGAUGCAGAGGAGGAAUUCCCAGUUUCAACGCAAGGUCUCCAUCCGCAUAGGAGAGCGUGCCAACUAUGUCAACAGCCCUCAUGUCAUUGCUAUGGUUGGGCUGCCUGCCAGAGGCAAAACAUACAUCUCCAAAAAGCUUUCACGAUACCUGAACUGGAUUGGCAUCAACACUAAAGUUUUCAAUUUAGGAGAAUAUCGUCGUCAUGCAACGACAGCCUACAAGAGUCAUGAAUUCUUUAGACCAGACAAUAAAGAGGCAAUGGCCAUACGCACACAAUGUGCAAUUGACGCAUUGCAAGAUGUGUGCUCCUGGCUGGAGUGUGGUGGAGAAGUGGCGGUAUUUGAUGCAACAAAUUCCACAGCUGACCGUCGAAGAAUGAUACAUGAAAUAGUUGUAAAUAAGAUGGGUUUCAAAUUAUUCUUUGUGGAAUCUGUGUGUGAUGAUCCACAGAUAAUAGAGCAAAAUAUAAUGGAAGUGAAAGUAAGCAGCCCAGACUAUCAGAACAUGAAUAAGGAAAUGGCAUUGAAAGAUUUUCUGAAACGUAUAGAACAUUACCAGGAAAGAUAUCAGCCCUUGGAUGAGAAAUAUGAAUCGAACCUUAGUUUCAUGAAAAUAUACAAUACAGGUGAAAAGGUGGUAGUACAUAAACAUGAGGGACAUAUACAGAGUCGAAUUGUUUACUACCUAAUGAACAUACAUAUAACACCUCGUACUAUUUAUCUCACAAGGCAUGGUGAGAGUGAGCAGAAUUUAGAAGGACGAAUUGGUGGAGACUCUGAGCUUUCCUAUAGGGGGCACCAGUAUGGAGCUGCACUGUCUGCAUACAUUCAGCAGCAAGAUAUACCUGGCCUUCGUGUUUGGACUUCUUGGCUUAAGAGAACCAUACAGACAGUAGCCAAUAUACCUGCACCACAGGAAAGGUGGAAAGCUCUUAAUGAAAUAGACGCUGGAAUUUGUGAAGAGAUGACAUAUGAAGAAAUAGCUGAGAAAUAUCCUGAAGACUUUGCUGCCCGUGACCAAAACAAAUUUAGUUAUCGCUACCCGAGGGGAGAAUCUUAUGAAGAUCUGGUGGCACGGCUGGAACCGGUCAUCAUGGAAUUGGAACGUCAGGGCAAUGUCUUGGUUGUCAGUCAUCAAGCUGUGUUACGCUGUUUGCUUGCUUAUUUCCUUGACAAGUCAGCAGAUGAGCUACCAUACCUGCAAGUUCCUCUACAUACAAUAAUUAAGCUAACACCAGUGGCAUAUGGAUGCAAAGUUGAGCACAUAAAGCUUCCUAUUGAUGCAGUUGACACACAUCGUCCUAAACCGAAGAUUCCUGGGACGCUAGAGGACAGGUUCAAGCGAGCAAAUUUUGGACGUAUUGUGCCCUCUGUGAUGGUCAACUCUGACGCAUCUUGAUGCUUGAUGGAAGAACUAGCUCCAGAAAUGGCUUCACAUAUGGACCAGUAUUGUAACUGACUCUACUAAAUAUAAAUGUGAUUUCAUAACAAGUAAUUAAAAGUGUGUUAACAGGUAUAACACAGUCAUUGGUAUUCUGAUUCCAGAUGUUUAAUUACGGAUAAGUAAACACUGAGAGACUUUUAUACCCUUAUCUAUUGAUAAUGGUUGAAACUGAUGGUCUCUUGUUGAUUUUUCUAGGAUUGUCAGCAUGUGUACCUAAAUGUUGAUUUUAUUUGCAAGAUUUACAAAAUUCAACCCCUUCCUAAUUACUAAAAGAUUAGUUCAAUUUAUAUGUGAUAUGCUUUAAAUUUUGUCAUUUGCUUGUAUUAAAAAAAACUGUAUUUGACAGUUACAGUAUUAUUUGAUUGAUUGCUCUAUGCAAUACAUUUAACUCAGUACAAGGUCUGACAAUCCUGAUAGUUGUUAGUUUUAAAGAUAUUGGUUACAUAUUUGAACACUUACUCUGUCUCAUCCUUUUAGAAAAUCAAAUCACUUUGUGACUACAGUAAUGAUACGAUUUGUAGAUGUUAAUGUAUCUUUGUUUUUAUAUAACAAAUUUAAAAUAUCUUUGUGAAGUAUGUAUGAAUAUUUUGUCAUAAUUUUUUUAUUAGGAUGAAUAAUAGCCUCAUUAAUGUAUGGUUCACAAGUAUGAGUGUGUGUACAUGUUACAGUGUAUGUGGCCAAUUUAAGGCACACUUAUGUAUUUUGUGCUGUGUAAGACAAAAGGAAGUUGGUUUGAUGGGUGCUACUCAAGUAAGUGAUUAUAUUGUGUUCAGUCAUUUGGAUGAGUAAAGAAUGUUCAUGACAUGCCCAUGUGCUGAAUGAUACUGCAGUAGCGGGACUACUACAGUAAAGAAAAAUAAUUAAUUUUCAUUCUUAAAUAACUUAAUGACUGGUGGAAGGCACUGUGAAAUCAACACUGUCACAGUCAACAGCAUUAACUUUUUGUAUGAUUGUGGCAAUUACCAACCAGAUUACUGACAGGUCACUUCAGUUGUAAGCUUUCUGUUCUGUUAUCCAGCAUACAGUAUGUCUGCAUACUUUUUGUAACAUAAGAGUUUACUGCCAGAAAGCCUAAAAAUACUGUCAUAGUGGCAACUGUUUGAACUCUGUGAAGCAAGGUAGACUUUUCUUGCUUCUGUAACUUUGCCUGCAGCAUAGAACUUGUACUGCAUGGAAAAAAGAACUCUUUGUGUGACAAACAUAAAAUGUUUUGUUGUGUAAAACUUUGCUGAAGUUUUCUUUAGUUCCAAAGUAAUGAUAUUGUGGGUGUAAAAAGAAAGAUCCAGGAGCUGACUACAGCUUUUCUCAUUGUUUCUAUGACUAAUGGGUUGGUAAAUCCAUGUUUUAGUUAUAUUACAGUAAAAAGCCAUAUCAGAGUGUAGAAUGAAUAUCAGUAACAUAUCGUGUAGUUUCAAGGGACUGUUAUUUAUUUAAUGAACUUUAAAGAAUAUGUUUUGUUCUGUAUGGUAAUAUUUAAGACUUUAAUAUUUGACUUCUUUGUUUAUAUGAUGUAAGUAGAAACUGUGUGAUAUCAACUAUACAAAAUAUUGUUUGCAUGUUUUAACUUAUUUAUGCCUUGUGUUAAUUGAUGUGAUUUCUUUUAUUGGACAUAUUGUUUAUCUCUACUGAUUGUAGGGCAUCUUAGAUAAUGAAGUUAUUAUUGUUCAGUCAUUAUGUAAAAUAAUUUGCACUUUCUGGGAUGUAGGAGGCGCUUUAGUAAGAAGUGAGUUGAGGUGUCUUUCACUGAUGGUGCUGAAUGAAUGUCCUAUUCUUCCCUCCAGCAGUUAAUGCCAAAUUGAAUAAUGAAGGUUUCAGAGCUUAAUUUCAAGAGAUAAUUAAAUUUGUGGGUUUAAUCAUGAACAAUACAGUUAAAUAUAAUUACCAUUUGUUAUUCAGACACAUAACUUGACUUGGAGUUCUGGACACUGUGAAUGCUGGACUAAUACACUGAGUUGAGUUAGUUCCCGAAUGAAAUGAGGCAUAACAGGGAAAAACACUUUUAUACUAUGAAAGAUAGUAUGAAAUAAUAUAUCUAUGUAAAUUUGUAAUAUUUUCAGAAAGAAAAUAAGAUAUAUUUUGUAAGGAUAUGAAUUUUGGUUAUCUGAAAUUGUGUCUCAGUUAAUUGUAUCACUUUUAUUUUUCAGUCUUAUAUGACUGGAAUCAUCUGUAGAAUUACAUUUUGCAUUUUGGACAGACAUUGAUCCUAACAGUCAAAGUAAAACUCUUUGAACAUUACAACAGUUUUAUACAACCAAAGGUUGAACAUCUAAAGGCUACAUUACAUAUUCUAUUUAUUGUUUUGUAAUUAUAAAUUUUACUGGUCUUGUUAUAUAUUUACAAAAAUAAAAAUUUCAAAACAG